UUGAAUUCUAUAGCCAAUAAUCUAUCCAUCUCUAACCUCUCUAUUCUUGCCAAUCAAUUAAUUAUCACAAUUCAAUUUGUUGAUUCAAUCUCAGCUGCUUUCUGUAUCAGGUUCAUUUCUCUCCCUUCAAGUAACCAUUAAUGGAAUUACCAAAUUGAGCUUGAUCAAUCCUUGCCUUUCUUUUCUACACUCUUCAACAUCGUUUUCCUUCGGAGUUAUCAAUAUUCAACUAUUUCUGUCGUUUUCCUUUGUUAUUGAUUCGAUAUCUGGAUUAUAUUUGAAACCCUAAUUUCACAGUUCAUGAAAAAGUAUUCCAACCUUGGAUCUUAGUCAUAGUUUUGGGUAGUGUAAUUAGAUCCUGAAGAUAGUAAGUAGAUAGUGUUUCGAUUUGAUGACUAAUCAUUGCUGCUGUAUUUCCUUCUUCAUUCCAUUAUCGAGAUGGAGGGAAGUUCUUCUUUGCUUAUUAUUGUUUACUCAACUGCCAAGAAUCCUUGGCGCUAGCGUGAUACAAAUUGAAUCUUUAGGCUGCUCAUUAAGUGAUGGUUUGUUUUCCAUAAAUGGGAGAUUGGUUGAUAAAGAGUUAUUCUGCAAGACCUUCAAUUCUCAGUGUUGCCAAUCACCUCCUUCAUUAGAGGGUUCAGGUCGAAAACUUUUGAGCGAAAGUAAGAAUUUAGACAAGUCAGUAUUGUCUUCUCCAAGGAACAUGGUGGUGGCAGCAUCGGGGAUUAUGGUUCUUUUAUGUAGUUGUUUAUGUCCAUGUUUCUGGAGAAGAAGGAGAGAAAUGGAACAUCAUGCUAUGUCGAAGGAUAAUUCAAUGAAUGGUUUAUCUACUUCUGCUGUGGAACUGGAUAGUUAUCCAUUACGAAUACCACCUAGUCCUUCGAGAUUUUCCAUGUCCCCUCCACCAAGUAGAGUAAAUUCACUACAUCUGAAUCUGAAUCUUAUUAUUAAAGCAACCCAUCAUUUCUCACCCUCGAUGAAGAUCGGAGAAGGUGGCUUUGGAGAUGUUUACAAAGCUCAGUUUCCAGAUGGACAGAUAGUUGCUGUAAAACGAGCCAAGAAAGAACUAUUCGAAGCCUUGAAAACCGAAUUUACAAGCGAAAUUGCACUGUUGUCUAAGAUAGAACACCGAAAUCUGGUGAAACUGCUCGGGUAUAUAGAUCAAGGAAAGGAACGUCUCCUUGUCAUGGAGUACAUGCCUAAUGGUACUCUUAGAGAACAUUUAGAUGGCGUUCGUGGAAAAACCUUGAACUUCAAUCAACGGAUGGAGAUCUCAAUCGAUAUAGCUCAUGGCUUAACUUACCUGCAUUUAUAUUCGGAGAAGCAAAUUAUUCAUCGAGACAUUAAGUCAUCAAAUAUCCUACUGACUGAAGGAAUGAGGGCUAAAGUGGCAGAUUUUGGUUUCGCGAGAUCAGGUGAAACUGAGUUCAACACUGAGAGAACUCAUGUUGUGACUCAGGUUAGAGGGACAGUCGGUUAUAUUGAUCUCGAGUAUGCGAAAACGAACAAACUUACCCCGAAAAGUGACGUUUACUCUUUCGGGAUUUUACUUCUUGAAAUCUUCACAGGUCGUCGACCGUUUGAAAAGAAGUACCCGGAUAAUGAGAGGAUAACGAUUAGAUGGGCAUUUGAUAAUUACCAAAAAGGGGAGGUGAUGCAGUUGGUAGACCCUUCUAUGCAAGAAACACUUGAAGAGGAUGUUUUGGUGAAAAUAUUUCAUUUGGCGUUUGAUUGUACAGCUUCCACACGAUCUCAGCGACCCGAUAUGAAAGUAGUCGGUGAGAGGCUGUGGGCGAUCAGAAUGAAAUGUCAAAGUCGUGUAAGGGGUUAGGUCAAAAGAAAUACCGGUUUUCAAGAUUAGCACCAAUAGAAGAAAAGGUUGGAUGAAAUGUUUUUUUUUUCUUCUUGUUUUCAUGUUCAUUUUGUGUUGUAAUUUGGGUGGUGUAUUUGCUUAGCAUUUUUAAGAAUCAAUCUUUUGUUUAAAUUUGUAAUCCUGUAAUAGAAACAGAAGUUAUAAUUUUAUUUAUAUCUCUUAAAGCAAAUUGAAAGAUUCA